AUGCUAGGUUCAGUUCAGUUUGAUGUGAUUGGAUCUACCAAGCCCAUCCUGGCCCUGGUUGGGGAAGAUGCUGAAUUACCCUGUCACCUGGAACCCAAGGUGAACGCUGAGUUCAUGGAGGUGAGGUGGUCCCGAUCCUCAACCCUUAAAAUUGUGCACCUGUACAAGAAAGGAGAGGACCAGUUUGGAGAGCAGAUGGAGGAAUAUCGAGGGAGGACUACGUUGUUGAGAGAUGCCAUCGCUGUUGGGAGUGUAGCACUAAAGAUACACAACAUCAGCAUCUCUGAUGGUGGAGAGUACCGCUGCUGUUUUAGAGAAUCCUCCUUCUCCGAUGAUGUUGAUCUGAUCUUGCAGGUUGCAGCUCUAGGUUCCAACCCCCACAUCCACCUGGAGGGAUACAAGGAUGGAGGGAUCCAGUUGGGGUGCUCGUCAGCCGGAUGGUACCCUGAGCCCCAGGUGCAGUGGAGAGAUGCCAAGGGAAAGAUGGUCCCAUCCUUGUCCAAGUCCCAACCCCACACCCUUAACGACCUGUUUGGUGUGGCAUCCUCUGUGAUUGUCCAAGAAGACUCUGUGGGAACCAUAACCUGCUCCAUCCGGAACCCCCUCCUCAACCAGGAGAAGGGGGCAGUGAUUUCCAUAGCAGCUUCCUUUUUCCCACGGGCCUCUCCUUCCACGGUGGCUUUGUCUGUGAUCCUGUUCAUGCUGGUACUACUCAUCGCUGGAGGCCUUUAUCUCCUCAGGAAACUGCAGAGGGAAAAAGGGAAAAUCCAGGCCAAGCUCAGCUGGAGGUUGGCCCAGUUACACGCUGUGGAUGUCACUCUGGAUCCCAACACGGCUCAUCCCGAACUCAUCCUAUCUGAGGACCUAAAACGCGUGACACGUGGAGACACCCGACAAACCCUACCUGACAACCCAGAGAGAUUUGAUGUCUUCCCCUGUGUGCUGGGCCACGAGGGCUUCACCUCGGGGAGGCAUUACUGGGAGGUGGAGGUAGGGGACAGGAAGUCCUGGGGUCUGGGGAUCUGUAGGGAAGAUGUGGCAAGAAAGUGGUCAUCCUCCGAGUCACCUGAGAAUGGAUUCUGGGCUUUGGAGUUAUAUGAAAAUGAAUACCGGGCUCUCACCUCCCCCCGGACUCCUCUCUCCCUGACUGAGCCCCUUCGUCGAGUCGGGGUUUACCUGGCCUAUGAGGCUGGAAAUGUCUCAUUCUACAGAGGGACUGACGGAUGCCUCAUCUACACUUUCCCCCAUAUCACCUUUUCUGGGACACUCCGGCCUUUCUUUCACCUUUGGUUCUAUGACCCAACCCCUAUGAGCAUCUCCUGUGUUCCAUGGAGUUUGAGGGAAUCCCUGAUUCUGCCCCCUCUCAGGAGACCUCAGAAACCCUCUCCAGAGGCAGGACCAGCCUCAGUCACUCAGAAGGGGGAUCCCCUCCCUGGAGUUGAUGCCCCAUUGCUCCCCCCACCAGCCCAGACCUGAGGACCUCCUUCCCCUUAGGGAGCUGCCCACCCCCUGCCCCCUGCAGCCCUCCAUCCCCUCCCAGGGCUGCAGCUGCCUGUGUCCCCACUUCCUCUGCUGCUCCCCCUAGGCAGGGCCAGGCUGGGGGUCACUCUCUGCUGAUACUGUUUCCAGGGGAGGGUCCCCACUUGGGGGCCACUGUGAUGGUUUUACUUAAACCUCAAAUAGAUCCUGAGGCCUGGCCCUCCAGCCUAGAUUGCCCUAGGGCUACAAGGAUACCUCAUCCAUCUGCUGAUGGCACCCAGGGAAAGGGGGAACCCCACUGGCUGUCACCUUCAGGCAAAUUAAUCAACCAAUUAUUGGCUUUGAUUGAGCAACUACGGAGUCCUAGGUUCUAUGCCAAGCACUUGGCGGGAGUCCCUCAGUAGCCAGAAACAUCUUUUCCUGCCCUCAAGGAGUUUCCAAUCUAAUGGGGGAGAGGGGCAGAUUCUACAUGUUUUUCUCCAUUUUCCCAAUCUGUAAAUAAAGGAGGAAGUUUCUGCAUA